AUGGGGAUGGUUGGUCUCCGCGAUGUCUUCGUUGUUGCUCCAGCUUCUUCUUUUAACCAUCACCACCACCAUCAUCACCACCAUACUCAAGAUCCCAUCAUGGCAAAUGAUCAAAUCAACGGUCAAAAUGCUGCUACGGCACUUGGCGUCGGUGUUGGCGUCGGUGUUAUCCCUCUUCUUACAGCAACUCCGUGUUUAGCUCCACAGAAUGUGGAAGAUUCUGAUUUGUUGAGUAACAAUGGUCGUAACAAACUUAGUGGGAUGCAGUUAUGGCAGAAUCAGAAUUCUUCAUCUCAUUAUCUUAAAAAACCAUCAUCAGUUCCUGAUAACAAUAAUUCUUCUUCUAUGAAUUUGAUACAAAGCAGCGGUGGCGGUGGGAUGGGAGGUGGGAGUGGCGGUUCGGGUUCAAGCUCAGGGACCACGUGUCAAGAUUGUGGGAACCAAGCCAAGAAAGACUGUACUCAUAGGAGAUGUAGAACAUGUUGUAAAAGUCGGGGUUUUGAUUGCCCUACUCACGUGAAGAGCACGUGGGUAUCUGCUGCUAGAAGAAGAGAGCGUCAGCUCAUGGUGGCCGCAGCUACUGCUGGCGCUGGCUCAUCAGGGUCGACCUCUGGGGCUAAGAAACCUAGAUUGAUAACUUCACAGACUACAACAACUUCUCAUACAUCAACUUCAAAUACUACUCCUCCUAGAAGCUUUGACACUAGCUCAAGUCACCAAGAUGCAGGUUUUAAAGAGUCAUUGCCGGGGCAAGUGCGUGCACCGGCGGUAUUCAAGUGUGUAAGAGUGACAGCGGUGGAGGAUGGUGAGGAUGAGUAUGCAUAUCAAGCAGUUGUUAAGAUUGGUGGACAUGUGUUCAAAGGGUUUCUUUAUGACCAAGGAGUUGAAGGAAGAGAUGGGUUUCCUAAUAUAUCCGAAUUGCAUUUAGGUGGUGGCGGCGGCGGCGGCGGUAAUGGUGGAGGGAGUGGGAGACAUGGGGGAUCAUCGUCGUCUCCAGUUCUUGAUCCUUCUGAAGUUUAUGCAGCCACUGGAGGUGGCUUGCUUGCUGGUUCAAGUUAUGGUAAUCCAAUAAACUGAGAUCAUCUUCCGAGUAAAAGGUAGUGGAUUGACUGAAUCGGGGGGAUGGCAUUGUAGUCUAUUUCGUACUUCUGCUGCCUGCUAAUUAUUCAUAGGGUUUUGGUAAAUUCUUCUUUUGUAGACUUGUAUCCUUAUUAACAUAUGUUCUUUUCUUUUGCUUUCAACUGUCUUUGGCUUUGAAUUUUCUUAUUUUUCAUGUUCGUUUUGCCUUUGAAAUUGCGCUGAGAAGGUCAUAAUAAUCAUCAUCUUGUCCACGAGGCUACAUUUUCUUACUCUAUUAGGAUAUGUGUUGUACCGAAUUGCAAAUCAUAGAAAAUAAAGGUAAGAAGAAGAAAUCCUGUACUAGUAGACAAAUAUUAGUUCUUCAAAAUUUGUGAUGAUAAAAACCUGUUUGCUUU